GUAAUGUAAUCACAUCGCAGGUGGCGAAGCUGAAACCAGAAACUGUCGUUUUCUGCAACAGUUGGAAACAACCGAGUGAGAAAUGAACGAACGAACGAACAAGUCUUUAAUGUUGACCCCACCACACCAACACACGACCUCUUUUCUUUUUCAAACUUUUUCAUUUUCCUUUUCUCUAUUCAAAAUUCAACUGUUUUCAUUUCACAUUUUCUAUUUUUCACCACAAUUUUCUCCUUUCGGUUGGACUUGUCAAGGCUUUCACCUUUUUAUACCAGAUUAGGUUUUCAGCACUCUCUCUCUAUUUUUUUUAUUUUUUAUUUUUUCGUUUCAGCCAAAUAGUCCAAUUUCCUUCUUAAUUUCUCUGAUGGAAUUGGGGAAUUUUGCAACCUAGCUUGAUUUUAGUUUGGUGUUUGAUUUGAAGACACUAUACUAUACCAUACAGUUCGGUCUAUAAUGCAGGCUGUGCUGAAGAGAAGUCAUAUACCAGGAUCAUUAUGAGUUGUGGCUGCUUUGGAGCCUCAACUAACAAGAAGAAAAGGACUCCACCUCAUACUCCUGCUGAAAUUGAUGGUUAUCCACUUGAUAAUAUUAUGCAUUUUUCUGAAAAAGACUUGAGAUUCGCCACUGAUAAUUAUCAUCCAAGCAAAAAGAUAGGACGGGGAGGUUUUGGCACUGUUUACCAGGGAACCUUAAAAGAUGGAAGACAAGUAGCAGUGAAGAACCUUUCAGUUGGAUCAAAGCAGGGUGUUCGUGAAUUUUUAACUGAAAUUAAAACUAUAUCACACAUUAAGCAUCCAAACCUUGUUGAAUUGGUUGGUUGCUGCGUUCAAGAAUCUAAUCGUACAUUAGUUUAUGAAUAUGUGGAAAAUAACAGCCUUGAUCGUGCAUUACUAGGAAAGAGAAGUACAAACCUCGAGCUAGACUGGGGAAAAAGAUCUAACAUUUGUAGAGGUACGGCUAGAGGUCUUGCAUUUCUCCAUGAAGAAGUUGUUCCACACAUUGUGCACAGAGACAUCAAGGCUAGCAACAUAUUACUUGACAGAGACUUCAAUCCAAAAAUAGGAGAUUUUGGGUUGGCUAAGUUAUUUCCAGAUGACAUCACUCAUAUUAGCACAAGAAUUGCUGGAACCACCGGUUACUUAGCACCCGAAUAUGCCAUGGGUGGGCAGUUAACCAUGAAGGCUGAUGUAUAUAGUUUUGGGGUUCUUAUACUUGAAAUAAUCAGCGGCAAAAGCAGUGUGAGGACAAACUGGGGAGGGUCAAACAAAUUCCUUUUAGAAUGGGCCUGGCAACUUCAUGAGGAGGGGAAAUUGCUGGAGCUUGUGGAUCCAGAGAUGGUUGAAUUUCCUGAGGAAGAAGUGAUUAGGUACAUGAAAGUAGCUUUCUUCUGCACGCAAGCAGCAGCAAGCAGAAGGCCAUUGAUGUCACAGGUUGUUGAUAUGCUCUCCAAGAAAAUAAGGCUCAAUGAAAAGCAACUUACGGCACCAGGGUUCUUCCAGGAUUCAGGUGAAUCCUCUCUAAAGAAGUCAUCCUUUGAGUCCACAAGCAAUCAGUUUAGCUCAGCCCCUGCCAGUUUUACUCAGGUCAUCCCACGGUGAAGCCUAAACCAAAAUUGUAUUGUGUGAAUUGCAGAGUUGAAAAAUAGAUGAAAAGGCAAAAAGUUUAAAGUGAGAUUUUUCUCUCUAUUUUUAGUUUUAUAGAUUAUAUUCUUUUUGUUCACGAGGUGUGGGCUGAGUUGUAAGAGGUCGACCAUAUGAUAUCAAUGAAUGGAGUUCAAAUAUCCUUAAGAAAGGUUGGAAAAUGUUCAUAUUAGUGUUACUUUAAUUAAUAAUAA